GGGCGGAGAAUGCAGUGGAUAAAUGCACCGUUUCUAUCACCAUUUCUUUUCUAUAAUAUCGCUCCAAAGGACGAAUUUUCGGAACGUCCAGCAGAUUCGUUUGAUGAUUGAAAUGAAAGGGAAAUUCUAAAAUAAAUUUAAUCUCAUCAUUACACGGAGAAGAGAGAGUUUCUUCCGGACUAUUUCGGUUAUCAACGCGGGAUUUGUUGUGGAUACCUUGCCCGGUUCAACCUUGUGUCGCCAAUGACAAGUUCAGCACCGCGUAACAUCCACCCCACUUUUACACGACCACCAUGGGGCUUUGGGAAUCAAUAAUGAAGCGGACGGAUAUCUCGUGUUCUUUUCAACAUCCGAGUCCUUCAGCAUUAGAGUCUGUUGAAGCCGGUUUAACCUGUACCCACGUGUCACGUGUCACGAAUUAAAAUAGUUUAAAACAUAUUUGCUGAAACAUUCUUCCUGGACUGAGAAACCAAAUUUAAAGCCUGAAAUCCAAGAUGACAUCGGAGGUCAGCCAAGUGUCAUUGAGUGAGCUUCCCAUGGACAACUGGAUGGCCCAUCUGCCCAGUGCACUGUGGGAAACCCCUCUCUGUUACAUGGCCAUUCCAGGGAGCCAUAAUGCCAUGACCUACUGUCUGGAUAGGAAUGACCGCUCUCCAGUGGACCCCACUCAACCAGAUAUGUUGCAAAAGUUGGACAAGUACAUGAAGCCCAUCAUAAGGCCAUUUGUAUACAAGUGGGCAAUAGCACAGGAGUCUAGUAUUAGGGAGCAGUUGGAUUCUGGAGUGCGAUACUGUGACCUGAGGAUAGCACAUCGGCCUAAUGACAGCUCAAAUGAUCUCUACUUCUACCAUGGUGUUUAUACCACUAUAACUGUGGAGGAGUGUGUGACACUACGGAAAUUAUGGAGCCAGAGUCAUCAAGUUAUCGUUUCAUACGAGCACAAUAUUGCUAACUGCCAUAGAGAAUUGUGGUUCCAUAUACCUUAUUGGUGGGCAAAUAAGUGCAAGGCUGAAGCACUGAUCGAGGAAUUUGAACGUAGGAAACAAAAUGGCCGACCAGGCGGCUUCUUUGUGACUGGCAUUAAUCUUACUGAAGAUCUGAAGUACAUUUGCUCCCAUCCCACAGAAUCACUGAAGGAUAUGGUGAUGUCUGCAUAUCCCACAUUACUUAGCUGGGUCAAGCAACAGAAGCCUGGUUCUAACAUCGGCUCCCUCAACAUCAUAGCUGGGGACUUUGUGACAGAGAGCCGGUUCAUACCAACCGUCAUUGCCCUGAAUGAAAAUCUGCUCAAGAGGACCAUAAUACCAGAGCCUUGAGCCUCUUUUAGUCUGCACAAUGUAUUUAACAUUUGAAGAAAGAAGUGUUUUCUUGUUCUUGGGAUGUUUUUUUUAUACUAGUCAAUUUUACACUUUUUAUAAGGGUGCUUACACACUAGAGUUUAUGCUGCAUCAGCUCCAUUCAUUUCAAUAGGGAUGGUGCAUUGCAAGGAUGUAGAGGAAAAACACAAGGGUUUGUGAAAGUGAAGCUCCAUCAUGCAACCAAAAGCACUUUCUAUACACUCAAAAAUGGAACCUAUGCAUUCCUGUCUGCCAAACGCUCCGUCAGAGAAUGGUUUCUAGUGUGUAUGCACCCUGAGGAUGAUAGAUCAUUUUGAGUUAUGGGUAGAAUAUUGUAAUGCACUGACUUUUAUGACUUGAACUUACUGUCCUAAUUUUAUUUAUGCAGUCUCCAAUAUAUACCUCUGAUUUUGCUAAACUUUUGAUCAUUUUUAAGGACCUCAAAAUGUCAUUAUCAAGGUCCAGGUUACCACAACUUUACAUUUAGCACAUUACAGGACACAAUAAGUUCCCUGUGAGCAUCAGAGUUUGCAUGAAAAUUGCUGAAGUCUACUCAAUGCAAGCCAGGAUUAUCAAACACUCAGGAUUGUUCAUUCGCUAUGAUAAACUCUUUUCUACUGUGUGGAAUGGCAAUGGAAAUAUGAUUCCAAUAAGUAUAUGUCUGCAUGGUGCACAAUGAAAAGCAUGAAAAGACACUGGAAUAUUUCUGUGGUUGCACACGUUCUCUGCCGCAGUAGCAUGUUAAGCCAGUUUAAUCAAGAUAUCAGUUUGCAUUACAAACAAAUAUGCCUAUACUAACAAAAAUAU